AUGACUCUAAUCGUGACCCGCGUGACGACUUUCGACGAAAUGCAGCAAGCAAUGGCUCUACGACGCAAAGUGUUUAUCGAUGAGCAGGGAAUACGCGAAGCUGUAGAAACGGAGGAUUCUCACGACAACAAGGCGAGCACGAUCCAUUUCGUGGGCAAAGACUCGGAAACAGGAGAGUACGUGGCAGUAGCUCGCUGUCUGCUGGAUGAGCCUCAUCGCAAGGCGAAGUUCGGUCGCGUGGCGGUGCUGGCCAAAAGUCGAGGCAAGACAUUUGGUGUGCAGCUUAUGACCGCCAUUGAGCAGCACGUACGCGACCACGUCGACCAGUUUGUUCUGUCCUUCGCAGUAUGGACGGAAAGAGUUUUACGAGAAGUGCGGUUACAGCUGCACAAGUGA